UUGCAAUUUAAAUAUGGUUAAAUGUAAAAUAUCCAGUUAAAAUUAUUAUGUGAUGCCAUCUUCUCUCAGCUGUUAUUCCUGGCUGAAAAUCCAAAAGCACAGUUUUAACGCGUCCACUGUCCUAUCAGGUGACCCCCCCAGGACAGGGUUGAUAGUUUAUCCCUUGGUAAGGGUGAAGUGGUGCACUCCUAAAAAUAAAUAAAUUAAAAAUAAAUAAGCACCUGGGGCCCAUCUGACCCCAUUAACAAUGUGGGAAGGUCAAAUGUAUAACAGGUUAAGAUAAUUAUGAACUAAAUUCUCUGUCGGUCAGACAAAAGGCCAAGCCGCUCAGCCAGCCACAUCAUGAAUGACGUAAGGAGAGGUCACCGAUGACACCUGAUGGUUGGAUGGUUUUCCUCACAGCUGUUAAUGGAGAUUAGAAUGUCAGACCUGAAUCCUCUUCGGUGUGUUCUUGCUGUGUUUAGUUUCAAAUUUCAUCCUUCAGUUCUUUUUAAAACACAGAAAAGGUUUAUUUACCUGCAACGUUUCAUCUGAGGCUGCAAACAUCAUCAGGCUGACGCCGAUGGUGGCGUCACUUCCUUCGUUUAUCCGCGGGCAGCAGAGGACGUUGUCGCCCUCUGCUGCCCGCUCUCCCCUCUCCGAUGAUGCAGUCCCAUGACAAGAUACCAGCUGGAUGACGAUGACAAGGCGAUGUCUUGCUAGGCCAGGUGCCAUGCUUACGAGCACACUGUCCUUUCUUGGUCAAAGAAAAUGGUUCAAUGGAACAGACUUACUUCACAUGAUUGUGGCUUGCAUGGCGUUCCCAAAUGUGUGUCACGUGACACACAAUAUAUAGUUAUAUUUUACAGUAUAGGUAUGAGUUUCAUUAUAGAUGUAUAACGAGCCUUUUAAUUUUUUUAUUGGGUAUAUAUUGGUUAAAAUAAAUAUGUAAGUGAGUUAGUACCUGCUAGCCACCGAAGCUGCAACUUCUAAGCAACUAACCAACCAUAGCUAACUGCUUUGGUUCUAAAAAAAAAUUUUAGAUAUCGGCCUGAUGGCUACUAUUAUUUGGCUUACAUUUAAACUGGACAUUUGCCCCCGAAGUAGCUGCUGGCAGCUGAUAUGUAAUCCUUUUGAAAAUACUGUGUUGUAUUCUGGGACUUUAUUGACCAAGGCCAGGCUACAAGGUACCUCCUCAUGGCUAUCAAAUGGAGAACAGACACUUCAGUAGAACAUGAAUAUUGGAACACGCCUUGGCAGUUCCUGAUGACGCAUCUGCUAGGCAACCGAGGCAGAACCAAGGCAUCAAGGCGAGGUUCCUUGACAUCAAGAAACACCCAGAACCCUUAAACAGCUCAUUGUGGAAGGCACUGAAACUGUCAAAAAUUAAAAUGCUGAGAACAAUUUAUUUGAGAGAUUCAUAAAUAUGUUGUCUGUUCAUCAUAGAAAAGCAGCCAAAGUCAUAUUAUGUCCCCUGUAAGGGAGCAUCUGGGGGGAUUAUUAGAUAGAUUAGUUCUUCUGAUAUGCCUUCCAAAAUGUUGGUUAAUACUUUUAUUUUGAAAAUCAGCUAAACUAUUUGUACAGAGCCCGCGAAAGUGGAGAUAAAAAACAAGAACUACGGUAAGCUCAACAAAAGCGUCUUGCUGUGUGGAAGAGGAACCUCCGUGCGUAUCUGGAGCAGAGCGCAGCUCCACCCAAGGCUUUGGGUGGGACUGGCGGUGCCUCUCUGUUUCCACCUGCCUGUGGCAGAAACAUGGAAGCUUCUGGGAUAAAGGACAGAAAAAAGUGGUCAGACUAACACGGACGUUCUGUUUUUGAGUAUUUUAGGGAACGUUGGUGUGGACACCUGAGGUACUCAGAGAGAAACCUUUAACUCGAGUUGUUUAUUCAUAUAUAAACAUACAUGGACUCUGAGUUGGUCGAAAGAGAAUUCCAAAGCAUGGAUGCUCCUGGGAGGUCCAUCUGGAAGGUUCUGGCUCUUCUCGCAGCUCUCCUCCGCAGCAGCCUGAGCUCUCCGCUGGACUGUCCCUCCAACUGCUCCUGCUCGUCCACGGAGAUCUUCUGCAGCAGAUCCGACAGCAUCCAGCUGCUCUUCCGCGACCCGGAGGGCGCCGGGAACGGAACCGAUGCGUUCCAGGACCUUCUUCAGAACAUCACCACCAUACACGUUGAGAACUCAACUGGACUGGAGGACCUGUGGGACUCCAGCAUGAGGCUUUAUCCUGGCUUACAGAGGCUAACUAUUACACAAAGCAACCUGCAAACCAUCCAGACCGAGGCUUUCUCCAGAAAUCCCCACCUGAACUACAUAAACCUGUCGAGGAACCCCAUGUUGAGAACACUUUCCUGGCAGGCCUUUGAACAUCUGCAGCUUCUUGAACUGCAUUUAGAGGAAGUGAUGUUUACCUGUGGCUGUCACAUCCGCUGGCUGCAGCUAUGGCAACAGAGGGGAGAGGCAGGGCUUAGCAGCCAACAGUUAUACUGUUCCUCUGGCAACACGAGUAUCCAGCUGCAGGACAUGCACGUCAGUGAUUGUGACCUGCCUGUCAUCAGCGUCAGCCACAGCAAUCUCACCGUAGUUGAAGGCGGUCAGGUGACACUGAUCUGUAAUGGCUCUGGAUUCCCACUACCUACGGUGGACUGGCAUGUCAACGGCUCACAAUCUGUCACCACAAAACAGGUUAUAGUCUACAACAACCGUACCCGCGCCGUCAACAUAACUCUGGUUAGUGUGGGCAGAGAAGACAACAAGUUUCUGCUUACAUGCACUGCCACCAACGUAGUGGGAAUGGCCAACGCCUCUGUUAAUCUAACGGUUCACUUCCCUCCUACCAUCGUGAAGUUGGAGGAGCCGGCCCGCUAUCACGACACGUGCAUACUGUUCACCGUUCGUGGUUCACCCCUUCCAACUUUAAGAUGGUUUCAUGACAACAAGGAACUUACUCCCAAUAAGUAUGUGCAUCCAGAUGUGGAUUAUUACAAGGAUGACAUAGAGGGAUGCCUCACUUUUAAGAACCCAACACAUUUUAAUAAUGGAAACUACACUUUGGAGGCAACCAACUACCUGGGUGUGGUCACCAGCAGCGUGCAUGGCCACUUCCUCAACAUGCCCUUCCCUGAAGCAGAAACAGAUUAUUACACUGUUGACUCUGUGACUGCAGAGACUCCGAAACCACAAGAGGAUGCCUUCGGGGUUUUCAUAGCAGUGGGUCUGGCAACCUUUGCCUGUGUAAUCCUGGUGAUCCUCUUUCUACUCAUCAACAAGUACGGACGCCGAUCAAAAUUCAACAUCAAAGGUCCGGGAGCAGUGAUGAAUGUUGAGGAAAACUCCACCAGUCCUCUUCAUCAUGUAAACCAUGGCGUCAUCAGCCCCUGUGCACUCGAUAAUGGCUCAGACUCUGUGGUGAUUGGGCUGAGCAGGAUCCCCAUUAUAGAGAACCCACAGUACUUCAGACAUGGACACAACUGCUCCAAACCAACCACCUAUGUUCAUCAUAUUAAGCAGCGGGACAUCGUUUUGAAGAGGGAGCUUGGAGAGGGAGCGUUUGGCAAGGUCUUCCUGGCUGAAUGUUAUAACUUGAGUCCUACGAAGAAGAUGCUGGUAGCUGUGAAGACUCUAAAGGACCUAACACUGGCAGCAAGGAAAGACUUCCAGCAUGAAGCCGAGCUGCUGACAAACCUCCAGCAUGAGCACAUAGUGAAGUUCUAUGGAGUGUGUGUGGAUGGAGACCCUCUCAUCAUGGUUUUUGAAUACAUGAAACAUGGAGAUCUCAACAAGUUCCUACGAGCUCAUGGUCCUGAUGCAAUGAUGCUGGUUGAUGGGCAGCCUCUUCAAACCAAUGGCGAGCUGGGUCUGGUCCAGAUGCUUCAGAUAGCAAGUCAAAUUGCAGCUGGGAUGAUUUACUUGGCAUCUCAACACUUUGUGCAUCGUGAUCUGGCAACCAGAAACUGCUUGGUGGGAAAUGGCCUUCUGGUGAAAAUAGGAGAUUUUGGCAUGUCCAGAGAUAUUUACAGUACUGAUUACUACCGGGUGGGAGGUCACACAAUGCUGCCUAUUCGUUGGAUGCCUCCAGAAAGUAUUAUGUACAGGAAGUUCACCACAGAGAGUGAUGUGUGGAGCUUUGGAGUGAUUCUGUGGGAGAUCUUCACGUAUGGCAAACAGCCGUGGUUUCAGCUUGCCAAUAAUGAGGUGAUUGAGUGCAUUACUCAGGGGAGGGUACUGGAGCGGCCCAGACUUUGCCCAAAGGACAUCUAUGACAUAAUGCUGGGCUGCUGGCAGAGGGAGCCUCAGCAGCGACUCAUCAUCAAGGAUAUCCAACAGAAGCUGUUUGCGUUAAUGAAAGCUGCCCCAGUUUACCUGGACAUACUGGGAUAGACACGAACCUACUGGAGCAGACUCAUGUGGACCCACAUCAUCCGUUUAGUCGUCAUGGAGCCAUGGAACAAGCCCUCUCAUGAAUGGACUGGAUUAUGUAAAACUGUGAUAUAGAUUCUUUUUUUACUUGAACUCAUAAAUCAAAAUACACUAAAUACUGGUAUUCGUUACUGUAAUAACCCAAUAUGUUGGUGCUUGAUAUGUUCAUGUUAAAAUGUUGUUGAAGAUGCAGUCAAAGCCACCGGUGACUUCUCUGGUACAGUGUGAUGGUGUCAGAGGAAGUGAUGUUCCGGCUCUAAACUUCAGCCACGUCACCGACUCAAACGUGUACCCACAAGGUGUUUGGCUCUGACCCUGGCUCUAACCAGGUGUUUCAGUUUAAAAACCCAAACAAAUAUUUUACUAGGCAAACCCAGAACUGAAUGACCAUAACUUUACAUUCAGUGAGCGGAAGAACAUUCCAUCCAGCAUUCUCAGUCCAAAGAGUCUGAGUGUCACACCCUGUCCUGUCUCCCUGUUUGGUUCAACCUUGUGUCUCAUUAAUUACUCCCACCUGCCUCUCGUUUUCCCAAUCACCUUAGCUCCGCUCCACUCCGCAGCACGUCUGACAGAGGUCGGUUCAUUCUGUCAGACGUGCUGCGGAGUGGAGUGGAGCGGAGCUAAGGCGGGGAUCCAGACCGGGGAGGAAGAAGGCAGACAGGUUUUUCUGGCACUAGGAGGUGACACCCGAGGCAGACUCAGAACUCUGGAGAGAUGUCCUCUGUGGUUCGGGAAUGCUCUGGGGUCCAUCAGGAGGAACAGGAGAGUGUUGCUGGGGUGAUAAAUGUCCCAUCCUCCCUCCUGGAUGGAUGGUGAUACAAGGUGUUUAGACAGGCCUCGCCUUCCCCGUCACACUUGUAAAUGAUCAAAUUCAAUAAGCAUUCAGAUGCACGUGGUCUAAGAUUUCAGCUGCUCAGCAGUUUGUUGAUGCUUCCUUCUCUUCCUGAUGCAUUCUCAUUAGGAGACAAGUCUGGGCUGCAGACCAGCCACUUCAGACCAGACUGCAUGAAGCCAUCUGGGGAGAGGCCUGGCAUUGCUUUGCUGAAGGCACAUUAGGUGUCUCUGUGGUAAAUUUAUGAAACCUUUUAAUGAAGGCAGAAGGGAUUUUCACUACUUUUCUUCCAUCCAGAACCCAAAAACCCAGCAAAAACAUGAACUAAAGAACACGUCCACUGUCUCCAACCUGGCGUGAGCACUGAGGUGAUCCUACAAUCAGAAUAUUUUUUGGAGAAUUGAUCUUUAAUAUUCGGGCUCAGAGUUUUGGAUGCAGUAGACUAUGCUGCUCUCAGCUUUCCUGGUUGGGCCUUUACACUGGGGGUUUUUCCCAGAUUUUCCCACUCUUUAUGAAUCCUUAAAAUGUCAUGCUGUGUAAAUGUUAAGAAAACUAAAGUUAUUUGUAAUUUUGCACUGAAAACCCCUCUUAAUUCUUGUACUUGUAUCUCCUAAAUAAAGAUUCAAACUAAA